CUAUGUACUUGCCGUAGUUCAACAAAAAAUGCGGAAGUUGUAUAUGAAUGGUGACACCGAUAUGUGUUAUUGUGUUUGUUCUAAAAAUUGCAUGGAAACUAAGGAUUCUGUUGUUACGGUCUGCUAUGCAGUAUAGUGUUUGCAAUUGAAUGUGAGAUUUUAAUUUAAUGUAAAAAAAUAUGCGACGACGUGUUAUGUUGCUUGCUAGCUAACUCACCAAAGCAACUUUUUUUCUUACUAUCUUAAAAUUAAGUCUCAUCACAUCACCAGCGCAAAAAAAAAAAAACCAAAAGCAAAAAAAUGAAAGUCCGUUCGUCUGCAUUUGCCUCAGUAAUUCUAAUAUUUGAAGUUCUGGCGGUUGCACUCUUCCUGAGGGGAUUUUUCCCUGUACCUGUCAAGUCUUCUCUGUCCAAGAUCAGGCAAGACCUGCCUAUCGAGCCGCUGUCGGGCGGCUCGCCCAAUUCGUCUCACGUCCCGCAGCCGUUGUUCAAAAGGGUAGUAAUCAUGUUAGUCGAUGCACUACGGGAAGACUUUGUGUUUGGAGCCAAUGGUCGCACGUACAUGCCCUACACAAGACACCUGGUGGAGAGAGGCUCAACACUCAGCUAUGUUUCCAAAGCUCGAAUUCCAACUGUCACCAUGCCCAGGAUCAAAGCUCUCACCACUGGCAGUAUCCCGGGCUUUAUUGAUAUGGUGAUGAAUCUAAAUUCCCCAGCCUUAUUGGAAGACAAUCUUAUUUGGCAAGCCAAAACAGCGGGGAAAAAAAUGAUCUUUUAUGGAGAUGAGACAUGGGUGCGACUCUUCCCUAAACAUUUCAUCGAGUACGAUGGCACAAUUUCCUUUGUGUCCGACUACACUGAGGUUGACAACAAUGUGACCCGCCACUUGGAUAGCACGCUCAAGAGAGAUGACUGGGACAUUCUCAUCCUCCACUACCUUGGCCUUGACCACAUUGGUCACAUCAGUGGACCCCACAGUUCGAUGAUCCAGCCCAAACUGAUGGAGAUGGAUGAUAUUCUGAAGAAGAUCCACGGUGCCCUCAUUUCAAAGGAGGCAGAAGGAUCUUUGCCCUAUCUGCUUGUUCUGUGCGCGGACCACGGGAUGUCAGAAACCGGUAGCCACGGAGGCUCCUCAGAACCAGAAGUCAAUACGCCCCUGGUGCUCAUAAGCCCUGCCUUCAAGAGGAAAGUUGGAAUGGAGAAGCCUGAUGAAAUUGAGCAGGUUGACCUGACCCCAACCCUGGCCCUGUCUCUGGGCCUGCCUAUAUCUCAGAACAGCGUCGGCCAUGUUAUUCCGAGUGUUUUCGAAGAAAGCUCACUUCGGGACCAGCUGCGCUUUGUGCAUCUCAAUGGCCACCAGCUAAGUUGCCUGCUCAAAGACAGCAUUUCAGACUAUGCGAAAGAGGCAGGAUUUGAACAAUACCGUGUGGCAGAGAAGGCACACGGGAGCUGGAUGAAGCGCUACCUGGAGGGAAACGCAUCAGAGGUCUUGACCAACAUGGGCAAGAAGGUCCUCAAGCAGUACUUGGAGGCCCUGUCUUCCAUGAGCUCAGCCCUCAGCAAGCAGCUGGGAAAGUACGACCUGUACUCCAUGAUUGCCGGAAUGGUCUUCGUAUUUCAGCUGCUGUUGGUCUUACUGUUGGCAAUGCCUGAAGCCUUGAGCAGCUCGGCGGCCGUGGACCUUCCAGUCAUGUCGGCGCUGCUCUCGUUGCCCUUUUACCUCUUGUGCUUGCUGCUUGCGUCUGUGCAUGUUCUGGUGUGCACCUCUGCUGAGAGCUCCUGCUACUUCUGCAGCCUCUCCUGGGGUCUUGUGUUUGCUGCCAUCGCCCUCACUUCAGCCAUGUCUUGUUUGUUGCUCUCUCUGACAACAAGACGACUCCCCCUCGGACUAAAGUUACCUGGGAAGUCAUCAUUGAAGAUCAGUAGCAGUGAGUGGUCUCUGUCAGAAUUGGACGUGUUGCUGCUGGCGGGCACGGCCGGCCACACUCUCAGUUUGGCGGCCAGCAGCUUCGUAGAGGAGGAGCAUCAAACCUGGUACUUCCUGCUCAGCACCCUCUGCCUUGCAGUCUUCCAGGACGUGUGUCGCAAGUACUUCCGAGAGAAGGGCGACGCAGGAGGUGACGAGGAAGAGUUUGUCCUUCCUUAUAAAGAAAACGCGAAGGAGGAGAUCUACUCUGAGAAGUGGCUAGCUUUAGCCACGCCCCCCUUUGUUCUGCUCUGCUGUCGACUGCUGCGCUCCCUCAACCAGACAGGCGUACAGUGGGCUCAUCUUCCUGAUCUGGGCCAUUGGCUGAACAGCUCGGAACACAAAGUGGUCCUGUCCCUGCUGUCUGCUCUCUGUUUGGUUUUCAUCUACUUCCUGAUUCAAAGACGAUGCUCGUUGGUGUCCAAGGUUGCCCUCGCACUUGGACUUUUGGGGGUCUACAGCUACCGGGCAGCUGUCGGCAAUGUCUUGUUUCCCUGGCAACACUCCGGUCGGAACAUGUCCAAGGGAACCGUGGAAGCGCGCUUCGUAUAUGUGUUCGUUCUGGGUAUCCUCUUCACGGGUACAAAGGACCUGUUGCGAUCGCAAAUCAUCACAGCUGACGGCAAAUUGAAGAACAGAGGCCUGUGGGAAAUUUACAGUGGCCUGGUCUUUUUGGUGUCAUUGUUGUUUCGGCCCCACAACCUGCCGGUCUUGUGCUCCUGUCUGCUCAUCCAAACACUUCUGGCCCAGUUCAUCUGGAAGAAGCUCCACUAUGAUGCAGCCCAGACCACCAUCAUGCACUACUGGUUUGGUCAGGCCUUCUUUUACUUUCAGGGUAAUUCCAACAGCAUUUCAACUGUGGACAUCUCAGUCUGGUUUGUUGGUUUCGACAACUACGUAGAAGCUCCUGCCAUCUUCUUGACGGCCCUCAGUACGUAUGCUGGGCCACUGCUUUGGGCUUGCCACCUUGUUUGUUACCUCAGUUCCGACAUAAACAGGAGUCCCGUCGCAAUGGGCCACGGCUGUUACUGUUUGGCUCUGCUCAGGUCGGUGCCGGCGGCAGCCUACAUUGUUCUGGUGACUGUCCUGCGCUACCAUCUCUUCAUAUGGAGCGUUUUCUCUCCCAAAUUACUCUAUGAGGCCAUGCACCUGCUGCUCACUGCCGGCGUCUGUCUCGUCUUCAACACCGUGGAGCAAAGCCGCACCUCUUCAGCAGCUUAGGGCAGCUUCUUGGCAAGUGAGAGAGUAUACGUUGACUGCGAAGAGAAAUAAAAAAAUGAGAUGAUGUGAAAAUGUGUUGGGAAGAUUGUAAGAUCUCAGGGACUCCUAAGACGGCUGCUACACUGAUGUUUGGCUCCAUCGGACCCAAAGGAAACUCAACGGAAGUUGCCUGAGAAGUCACAAAAUUCAGUUUUCUGAUUGAGGAAGUUGAAAA